AUGGUAGAGCCUCAACGCCUCGUUUGGGCAGCUGUGGACAAGAAAUCUUUUGAAAGCUUGAUUUCAAGAGUCGAGAAUUUGAAUUCGUUCCUCAUCACUCUAUUGGACAGCUCGCAGCUCCGGAGACUGCAGGAUUCAAUGACUACGGCCUAUUUAGAGAUCCUGCAGCUUCGCAACGACGUUGUCGAUCUUACAGCUCUUGUUAAGGCGCUGUGUCCGGCAGCAGAAUACCAACAGAAUCUUUCUCCGGGAGCUGAUCUAGUGAGCAAUGCAUUGUCUCAAGCAGUUGCAGAAGAGCAGGCGGCACAGGAUAAGAAGAAAGGCUACCUUAGACGCCUGGCCCAGGUCAAGAUCCAGCUCACCGAGAUAAACGAGCUGGAUCACACAGCAGCGGCUCCUGAUUUUAACAACUUUAUCGACGCACAACUUCCAUUGAUCGACUUCCAGUUCGAGGAAGAGAUGCCUGAGCCCGAGAGUCUACAGCAACGGACACGGGCCAUCUAUCGUGGUAGAAGUGUCUGGAUAGAGUGGAAAGAGGUUUCAACUGACAGUGCUAUACGCCCCGAUGAUGUGCAGAUCCAGUGGCGGAUCGGCCUCUUGACGGACCUCCUACGCUCCGUUAAGCCGGAUGGCUUCCGAGCAGCACCAUGUCUUGGGUAUAUCAAGACUGCAGACGCAGAUGAUGCGACUCGUUUUGGCGUUGUGUUCGAAGGACCGUCAACUACGCAGUCCAGGAUUACCACUCUUCGAGAGUUGCUCGGACAAACCCAGAAACCGUCACUCAGCGCACGUGUGGCGCUUUGUGCAGCGCUAGCUCGCUGUAUACAGGACCUCCAUGCGGUGAAUUGGUUGCACAAGGCCUUGCGAGCGGAUAACAUUGUCUUCUUCUCCUCGUCCUUGUCACCAAAUCUGGAUACACCGUUCGUCUCAGGUUUCGAGCUUUCUCGUCCAAGCAUCAUGGACCAAUGGACCGAGAAACCCGGAUUUGAACCUGCCAAAGACAUUUACCGCCAUCCGAACGCGCAAUCUAGCCAAACGGACGGUAGCUAUCGCAAAUCGUACGAUAUCUAUAGCUUGGGUGUUGUGAUGACCGAAAUUGCACUCUGGAAGCCUAUCGAGGACGUAGUAGGACUGGAGAAUCUCCCGAAGGCUAAGCCACCGACGCUUCGAGGAAUACAGCUCCGGCUUCUGCAGAACCCGUUAACGAGGAACGCAACGGAUGCCGAAUCUUGUUUACAGCAAGUUGCCUCUGCAUGUGGCGAUUCUCUACGCAACAUUGUUGAGCGCUGCCUGGUCAUGGAUGCCGAAUCCAAGUCUGAGUCAGAUACCCCAUCGGGGCUACAAGAUACUACCGAACUGGAUCUUGUGAAGAAGUUGGAGCAUAUUGCUGAAGCAAUAUGA